AUGAGAAGGGACAACCAGAGCAGCGUGUCGGAAUUCCUCCUCCUGGGGCUCCCCAUCCGGCCAGAGCAGCAGGGCGUGUUCUUCGCCCUGUUCCUGGCCAUGUACCUCACCACAGUGCUGGGGAACCUGCUCAUCAUCCUGCUCAUCAGGCUGGACUCUCACCUGCACACCCCCAUGUACUUCUUCCUCAACCACUUGGCCCUCAGUGACAUCUCCCUUUCAUCUGUCACGGUCCCAAGGAUGCUGAUGAACAUGAAAACUCACCACCACUCAAUCUCCUAUAUCGGGUGCAUUCUGCAGGUGUACUUCUUCAUACUCUUUGCGUGUGUUGAUAACCUCCUUCUUGCAGUGAUGGCCUAUGACAGGUAUGUGGCCAUCUGUCACCCUCUGCACUAUACCACAAUAAUGAGGGGUGAUCUUUGUCUCUUCCUAGCGGCUGGAUGCUGGCUCCUCUCUUGUGCCCAUGGUCUGUUGCACACCCUCCUCAUGGUCCAGUUGUCCUUCUGUGAGGAGACUACCAUCCCCCAUUUCUUUUGUGACCUUGCUGCUGUGAUCAAGGCCUCUUGCUCAGAUGCCUCUCUCCAUGAGCUGGUCAUCUUCACUGAGGGAGGAUUGUUCUUCAUCGUGCCACUCAGUAGCAUCUUUGGCUCAUAUAUCUGCAUGGUAGUCACCAUCCUGAAGGUUCUCUCCAUCAAGAGAAUCUCCAAAGCCUUGUCCACUUGUGGUUCCCACCUCGUUGUGGUGUCUUUAUACUAUGGGACACUGGCAGGGGUUUACUUUUUCUCCUCAUCAGGCACAGCCCAAGACAAGGAUGCAAUAGCUUCUGUCAUGUACAUGGUGGUGCUAACGAUCAUUAGGGCACAAAGCCAUGAGACCAACGGCGAAGACUCAAGUAGCAGCUUGGACCAUACGAAUUGCCGCAGAUCACCAGAAGAUGGGGAAUCACCAUCUGAUUCAGACGUGCAUCUCUAG